UUACCUUCCAACAUCCAUAUCUGGCUGCCGCAUAAAUAAGCUCUCUUUUGCAUAGCUUUGCCAACAUCAACUUGGGGCAAAAUCUGUUGAUAUAACUAUUUCAAGUGUCUUGAGUUGUCUGAAUAUCACUUCAGUUGUGAAGAUAUGUUCAUCAAGGUUUUCUUUGCUUCACUUGUUGCCUUCACUUGUUUUGCAACUUCCACACAUGGAGCCACUCUAAUCCCAAAUGAAGUGAAAACUUUGCAAGAAAUUGCAAAAACCUUAGAGAAGACAGACUGGAAUUUUACAGUGGAUCCAUGCAGCGGCGAAUUGGGUUGGGUUACACCGAAUCCAGUGGAGGAAUCUGAAAAUUCAGUGAAGUGCAACUGCACCUUUCUCAAUAACACCAUCUGCCAUGUCGUUAGCAUAGUGCUCAAAGCUCAAUCUCUGCCGGGGACUGUCCCCAAAGAGCUGGUGAAGCUUCCUUAUCUGCAGGAAAUUGACCUCACCCGCAACUACCUUUACGGUUCAAUCCCGGAAGAAUGGGGUUCCACGAAACUAGUCAACAUUUCUCUUCUUGGGAACCGGUUAACGGGAUAGAUCCCGAAAGAGUUGGGAAACAUCAGCACUCUUGUAAACCUUACCGUGGAGUUCAAUCAGCUUUCGGGUGUUCUUCCUCCAGAGCUGGGGAAUCUGUCCAGUAUAGAGAAGAUGCAUCUCACCUCCAACAAGUUUACUGGGGAGUUGCCAGAAACAUUUGCAAAGCUUACCACAUUGAAGGACUUAGUGAUUCAGGCAAGUGGUAUGAGUGGGCCUAUUCCUCCUGAGAUUGGUGUUUUGGCAAAACUAUCUGACUUGAGAAUCAGCGACUUGAAAGGAACUGAAGCAACUUUUCCACCAUUGAGUAAUAUGACAAACUUGAAUAGACUGAUAUUGAGGAGUUGCAAUCUCAGUGGACCGCUGCCCGACUAUCUUGGGCAAUGGACAGGCUUGAAAACUUUAUACGUGAGCUUCAACAAAUUAAGUGGAAAAAUUCUAGACAGUUAUCUUGGUAUAUCAAAAAUAGACUACAUGUAUUUGACUGGAAACUUGCUAACUGGACGCAUACCCGAUUGGAUUCUGCAGAAAGGAGAAAACAUUGAUCUUUCCUACAACAACUUUACGAGUGGAAACUCAGAAGACUGUCAGACUCGGAGUGUGAACUUGUUUGGAAGCUCUUCAGGGAGCAAUAACUCUGGAAUCGUUUCAUGCUUGAGAGGCUUCCCUUGUCCAAAAAAUCAUUACUCAGUCCAUAUCAACUGUGGUGGAAAGGAAGUAAUUGUUGACAACACAACAUACGAAGAUGAUACAUAUUCACCUGGAGCUUCCACAUAUCACAAAAGUGAAACUAACUGGGCGUUUAGCAGCACUGGUUACUUCAUGGAUGAUAGUAUUAAUACAGACUCCUAUAUUGCAAACAAUAAGUCUAUACUCUUGAUGAAUAAUUCUGCACUGUACAUGAAUGCGCGUCUUUCUGCCCUCUCUCUCACUUAUUAUGCAUUCUGUCUGGGAAACGGAAACUACACGGUAAAACUCCAAUUUGCGGAGAUUAUGUUUACUGACGACAAAACGUAUAGCAGCCUUGGAAGGCGCAUAUUCGAUGUUUACAUUCAGGGCAACCAGGUUCUGAAGGAUUUCAAUAUUGAGGAUGAAGCAGGAGGGGCUGGCCAAGAAAUCAUAAAAAAUUUUACUAUAGCCGUGACUAGCAGAACAUUGGAGAUCCGCUUCUAUUGGGCUGGGAAGGGGACGACUGCCAUUCCUAGUAGAGGGGUUUAUGGUCCUCUUAUAUCUGCUAUUGCUGUGACCCCCAAUUUUGUACCUCCCGCAGAAAGUGGAAGUAGUAUAUCUGCAGGUGCUGUGGUUGGUAUUGUGGCUGCAGUAGCACUUCUUCUGCUUCUGGUUCUAGGCGUCCUUUGGUGGAAAGGCUGUCUAAGACAUAAAAAUACAAUGGAACAAGAUUUAAGGGGCCUAAAUCUGCAAACUGGUACAUUUACCUUACGGCAAAUUAAGGCUGCCACAAACAACUUUGAUGCUGCUAAUAAGAUUGGAGAAGGUGGUUUUGGUUCUGUCUAUAAGGGCCUAUUAUUGGAUGGCACAAUAAUUGCAGUGAAGCAGCUUUCUUCCAAAUCAAAACAAGGAAAUCGUGAGUUUGUGAAUGAAAUAGGCAUGAUUUCUGCUCUACAACAUCCGCAUCUUGUAAAGCUGUAUGGCUGUUGUAUCGAAGGAAAUCAGUUAUUGCUAGUAUAUGAGUACAUGGAAAACAACAGCCUUGCUCGGGCAUUGUUUGGCCCAAAAGAUAGCCAAUUGAAACUGGAUUGGCCAACAAGACACAAGAUUUGUGUUGGUAUAGCAAGGGGUUUGGCUUAUCUACAUGAAGAAUCGAGGCUGAAGAUUGUUCACAGAGACAUAAAGGCAACAAAUGUGCUGCUUGACAAGGACCUUAACCCCAAAAUAUCCGACUUUGGCUUGGCCAAACUUGAUGAAGAAGAGAAUACCCACAUUAGCACCCGGAUCGCUGGAACUUUUGGAUAUAUGGCACCUGAAUAUGCAAUGAGGGGGCAUUUAACUGAAAAGGCAGAUGUUUAUAGUUUUGGAGUCGUCGCUUUGGAAAUCGUUAGUGGGAAGAGCAACACUAAUCACAUUCUAAAGGAUGGCUGCGUGUAUCUUCUCGAUUGGGCACUCUUGUUAAAAGAGAACGGCAAUCUGUUGGAGCUAGUUGACCCAAUACUGGAAUCAAAUUUCAAAAAGGAAGAGGUUAUGGCGAUGAUCAACGUAGCUCUUCUAUGCACCAGCUUCUCUCCAGUAGCUAGGCCGACCAUGUCAUCAGUAGUGAGCAUACUUGAAGGCAGAGCUCAUGUUCAGGAAAUCUCUUCGGGUUUAAGCAUCUCCAGUGAUGAGAUUAAGCUCAAGGAACUGCGGCAACAGUAUGAUCUCUACCAUGCAAAGAACACCAGUGAGGGCCAAAUUCCAUGUUUGUCAACAGAUGGGCCAUGGACCGCCUCUUCCACCUCUGGUGCGGAUCUCUACCCCAUCACCAUGAAUUCUCAGUACUGGGAGAAUAGAGAUCAGUAAAAAAAAAAAAAAAAAAAAACAGUAAUGUAAGUUCUGCAAAUCCAUAGUAUAAUUUGCUUUCGAUUUCGGGUGAUCAAAUACAUAGUACUUGUUACAAACUGUACGAAGUCUCAUGAUCUUAUAACAUAUGUGCAUAUAUCAAGGCUUGCCUCUUAACAAGGUAGGAGGAACUUCUUUCAAGAGGAUAUGUGAUAUUAUUGUUAUUUAUUGAAUCAAUCUAUGCUUAUGCUGA